CGCACGCAGAGUGCUCGGCUGGCCGCCGGGCGGCAGGAGGCGGCGGCGGCCUGAGUGAGCCGGAGGCAUGGGCCAGGCGGCCUGGAAGGGGUUCGCCCUGUCGCUGUUCGACUACAAAACCGCAAAGUUCGUGGUCGCCAAGAGCAAGAAGGUGGGGCUGCUUUACCGGGUGCUGCAGCUCACCAUCCUGUUGUACUUGCUCAUAUGGGUGUUUCUGAUUAAGAAGAGUUACCAGGAUAUUGACACUUCCCUGCAGAGUGCUGUGGUCACCAAAGUCAAGGGUGUGGCCUACACCAAUACCACUAUGCUUGGGGAACGGCUCUGGGAUGUUGCAGACUUUGUCAUUCCGUCUCAGGGGGAGAACGUUUUCUUCGUGGUCACCAACCUGAUCGUGACUCCUAACCAGCGGCAGGGCAUCUGUGCUGAGCGUGAAGGCAUCCCUGAUGGCGAGUGUUUCGAGGACUCUGACUGCCAUGCUGGGGAGUCUGUUGUAGCUGGACAUGGACUGAAAACUGGUCGCUGUCUACGGGUGGGGAACUCUACCCAGGGCACCUGUGAGAUCUUCGCUUGGUGCCCAGUGGAGACAAUGUCCUCGCCCACGGAUCCCCUCCUGAAGGAUGCUGAAGGCUUCACCAUUUUCAUAAAGAACUUCAUCCGCUUCCCCAAGUUCAACUUCUCCAAAGCCAAUGUGCUAGAAACAAGCAACAAAAAUUUCCUGAAAACCUGUCACUUCAGCUCCAAGAAUCUCUACUGUCCCAUCUUCCGACUGGGGUCCAUUGUCCGCUGGGCAGGGGCUGACUUCCAGGAUAUAGCCCUGAAGGGUGGUGUGAUAGGAAUCCAUAUCGAAUGGGACUGUGACCUUGAUAAAGCUGCCUCUAAAUGUAACCCACGCUAUUACUUCAACCGUCUGGACAACAAGCACACGAAGUCCAUCUCCUCUGGGUACAACUUCAGGUUUGCCAGGUAUUACCGUGACUCUAAUGGGGUAGAGUUCCGUGACCUGAUGAAAGCCUAUGGCAUCCGCUUUGAUGUGAUAGUUAAUGGCAAGGCAGGAAAGUUCAGCAUCAUCCCUACAGUCAUCAACAUCGGUUCUGGGCUGGCGCUCAUGGGUGCUGGGGCUUUCUUCUGUGAUCUGGUACUUAUCUACCUCAUCAGAAAGAGCGAGUUUUACCGAGAAAAGAAGUUUGAGAAAGUGAGGGGUCAGGAGGAGGAAGCCAAUGUUGAGCUUGAGGCCAAUGAGAUCGAGCAGGAGCUGCCAGAGGACAAGCCUCCAGAAGGGGUUCAGCAGAAUGAGCACCCCCAAGAGCUGGCCCAGAGUGGCAGGAAGCAGAAUAGCAACUGCCAGGAGCUCUUUGAGCCUGUCAGAGAGAGGCUGCGACUGCGGCGUACUCUGCCUCAGAAAGGCCAGAAAGAGUUCCUGACAGCCCUCUCUCUGCCUUCUGUGUGCACCCCUCCCCCAAGGGCCGGCCUCCACGAGAAAGCCCUCGUGAAUGUGAAGCAGCCACAGAACUUGCAAACAGUGAAGACGCAGCCAGCGCUCUUGGCAGAGAACCCAUUCAAAGCUAAUGGGGCCAGGACAGACCACAGCUCUGAACUGGGAAGAGGCAUCUUGGUGCUUGCUCAGGAUGGGGCUUCUGGGAACAGGCCCACCAACCCCACCCAGCUUGGGUGGGAUCCUGCUGGAAGUUUUUUAUUGUGUGUAGGGGAGCCUCCAGGAUGGCCAGAGCGGCUCAGAUGCAGAAAGGAGGCCCUGGGGCAGGCCCCCAGGGAAGGGGCAGGCCAGGGGCUUCAGGGGUAGAAUGUUUACAUACCCCGUCUCUGAACCCAGCCAAACAUUCGUUUAUUCGUACAGGCAGUCCCCAUCUAUGGGUGCAUGCUGCACUUUAGUCCUGAGAGGCUUAAACAAGAUGCUGACCUGGCCCCAGGGUAGGGGGCACACAUGUAACUCUCCAGAGACAUCAGCUAGCCCCGACAGCCUG